UAUUCAUGCAUCAUGACGUAAAAUUGUGUUUGACAAUUUAGCAGUAUAUGAAAAUUAAAUCGUAAAAAUAGAAGAUAAAUAUAUAAUGAGUUAUACGAUAUUAAAAUAGCUAAUUACAAUUUAAUCUUAGAUGUUUUAACUUAUAGUUGUAGUGCGCGAAUAUCUAAGUACGAUGAGUUUAAAUAUGAAUGCAUAAAUAAUGAUGUAUGAUUUAUACAGUCUUGCGAUUUCGAAACAAAGUUAUUAACCGUUAUUGACAUAUUGAACAAUUAAAAUGGCCAAUCCUUAUAGUAUUAUGGAAUAUUAUGCGGAACACGAAGGUUACAAGUGCGGAUAUUGCAAAAGUCCUAACACAAAUUUCAGUCAUGGCAUGUGGGCGCAUUCGUUAACAGUACAAGACUAUCAAAGCUUAAUAGACAGAGGAUGGAGACGAAGUGGCUGCUAUUGUUAUAAACCUACAAUGAGUCAAACCUGUUGUCCACUUUAUACUAUUAAAUGUGAAGCACUAAACUUUAAAAUAUCAAAGUCACAGAAAAAAAUUUUAAAACGUAUGGUUAAAUUUGUGAAAAAUGAAUUGACAAAUGAUAAUGCUGAACAUAUAGAUGCAGAUCAACAUGAUAAUAUAGAUAUAAACAAUGAAGAAGUAGUGAAUCAUGCAAAAUAUCUGGCAAAAGCACAAAAAAAUACAUCAGAAAUCAAUGUUUUAUUUGUUGAUAAUGAACUCGGUGGAAGAUUGUCUAUUGAUUCUGCAAAAGCCAAAAGUGAGAACACUAAAAAGUUCACUUCUGCAUCAAAUAGUAAUCAGGAACAGCUAACAAAUUCUGACAACAAGAACACUCUGCAUGUUAGAAACGAAAUUACCAAUGCAGUGCCUUGUAAAAAAGCAAAGCUCUUACGUAUAGAACGUAAGCAAAAUAAGUUGUUAGCACAAGGUAAAUCACAGACUGAAAUCGAGAGCAUCAUGAAAGAAAAGAAGCAACAAAAUUGUGUGAAGACUUUAGAAGAAUUAUUUGAGGAGGUGUACACUGGCUUGAGAAAGUUGGAGAUGAAACUGGUUCGAACUGCACCGAUGAGUCCUGAAUACCAAAAGAUCUCAAAAAAGUCGUACGAAGUUUACAAAAAGUAUCAGACCACAAUACACGGAGUGCCGGCUGAGAAGGUCACAGAGCAACAAUAUACAAGAUUUCUUGUUAAAUCGCCUUUGCAGAUGAAAUUGGUGAAAGUGAGGUCGGAAGAAUUUCUUAACACUUUCGAUGCAAGCGCAAAUCUCUAUAAAAAAUAUCAAAUGGCAAUUCAUGGCGAUCUACCGGACCAAUGCGAUAAAAAGUCAUUCUUUAACUUUCUUGUAAAGAGCCCCUUACAGCAAUGGACACCCGACAGUGGGCCACUUCAAGGAUACGGCUCUUUUCACGAGCAAUAUUGGUUAGAUAAUGAAUUAAUAGCGGUCGGCGUGAUAGACAUUCUGCCGUUCGGUAUUUCGAGUGUAUAUUUCUUCUACGAUCCGGCGUAUAGUCAACUUUCUCUGGGAACCUUUAGCUCUUUGCGAGAGGUUUAUUUAACGAGGCAGCUCAACAAAGUUGCGAAUAAUCUGAAAUACUAUUACAUGGGUUUUUACAUUCAUACGUGUCCGAAGAUGCGGUACAAGGCCAGAAUGCGACCGUCGAAGCUUCUGUGUCCGGAGACGUAUGUGUGGUGUGAUAUCGAAUCCUGUCUCGCUAAAUUAGAUAAGGAAAAAUAUUGUCGUUUUAACGGUGAUAUUGAUGCGAUUGACGAAGAUGGUAUAGUUGACGUUCGUGAGGUAUUGGUUUUAUAUAAACAAAUUGCGAUGCCAUAUAAAAAAUAUAAAGCACAGCAGAAAACAUGCCAGACAAUGCGAGAGGAAAAGCACGAAGUAGAAGAGUAUGCCAGUCUCGUUGGAAUGCCUUGUGCGCGAAGGAUGUUACUUUAUCGUUAUUCUAGUUAGAGAGUAAUUAUCCAGUUCGUAAAAUACAUGGAUAAUAUUUAAUAGUAAUAUUAAAUAUUUUAGUAUUUAAUUCACGAUCUCGAAAACCUAGAAAUUUUUUGGCUUUAAAGAUUAAUUGAUGAUUGAUACUUAUGUACAAAGAAAUUGCCGAAAAAUUGUUGCUUUUAAGGUAAGAAUAUUAGAUAGCCAUUAAUUAUGCAAACGGUUGAAUCCUAUUAAUCAAGGUAAUGUAAGGUAUAUUAAUAAAUUAUGUAUAUAAUUCGUUGUAUACAAGCGACUUAGUAGAGAAAGGAAGAAUUAAUUUCCAAAGAAUUAAUUUUAAAAAAAUUUUGUCAUCUUAAAUAAUUUUUUAAG